CCUAGCGGGAAGCAGCUACCGGGGAACUGUCCACAGGCAGCAGGAAUCAGUGGUAGAUGCAGCAGCUAAUCAAAGGAAGAUGAGACUAUCCCGAGCUGAAUAUAAAGAGAUAGUGAGGUGGACUGAACAACUGAGACCCACACGACAAUGUAUGAAGAUGCUCAAGGAAAGAUUUCCAAAUCACUCGCAGUCCACUCUUCUGAGCAUCUUCUCCCUGGAGUACCAGAAACGAACCAAAAGAACGAUCUCAAGACACCAUGCACCAGAUGUUAUUGAAAGCCACUACCAAAGGUAUCUAAGUGAAGUCAAGGCACAUCCCACUGCUCCCGUCCUGCUGGAGUUGGCCAAUGAGGUGGAUCUGUCUCCUGCACUGAUGGCUCGUAUCAUCCUGGACAGGUUCCUUCAGGACCUGGAGGGUGGAAUGCCCUCUAAAACAGUCGUCAACAGCAUGCUUAAGGAGCCAUCGCUGAUUCCAGACCAGAUUUUGGCCAAUAACAUCUACCAAUGCACAAUAAAUGACUGCUGUUAUGGACCGCUGGUAGACUGCAUCAAACACACUAUUGGCCAAGAGCAUGAGGUGCUACUCUGUGACAAACUGAAGGAGAGGAACCUUUCCUUUCUGGAUGAAAACCAACUGAGAGCAAUGGGCUAUGACAAAACACCUGAUAUCAUCCUGGAGGUUCCAAUUGCCGUGGAGGGACACAUUGUACACUGGAUUGAGAGCAAAGCCUCAUUCGGAGACGACCACAGUCAUCGCACCUAUCUCAAUGAGCAGUUCUGGAGCUACUGGAACAGGUUCGGUCCAGGCCUUGUGAUCUACUGGUACGGUUUCAUAGGAGAGCUGGACUGCCAGAGAGACAGAGGUAUCCUGCUCAAAGACUGCUUCCCUGCAGACAUUGUCACCCUGUGCCAUGCCGCCCAGCAGGACCAACUGCCACAAGAGCCACAAUAAGGACAAAGAGUGAGAAGAGAUGAGAAGUGGAGCAAGAAAACAAAUAAUUAAAGAUAGGAGGAUGAAUGGAAGGAAAGAAAGAGGAAGGCAAGGAGGCGGAAAGGGUAGGAACACUGAACUAUACAGGGGUGGAUACCAAGAUCCGGAAGCAAUUUGGUUUUCCUGCAGUGUGAGACUACUGGCAAAAAAUCUGCCCUGAACUCCACCUGACCCACUGUCUCUGUCUGUCUCUCCCUUUCUUCCUCUCUUUCAAUGCCCCAAAGCCACCACAUGUAAAUACACACCAGCACUCUGUAUAUCUGACAGCACAGGGUCAGAUUCAUACCUGCAUAUGAAAACACACUCUUGGAGGCUUUCCUGGUUGUGGUCAGCUCGUGGCCCCUGGAUGGCCUCUUGCAAUGGACAGCCAGGGUGAGAGCCGGCGACCAAAGCAGGACAUAAGGCCCUUCCUUAUCACACCCAAAGCCCUGGCCUUUGUCACUCUUUCCUCCUCAGUUACACAGGCAGAUAAGCGAGGUGCGGUCCGGGUAGACGCCUGUCUCUCACCUGCGUCACUCAGUGCCCUCUCACUGCCUCUCCAGGGGGGUGAACAGGAUCAUUCCUGAUUAAAGCUGGCCUCACUCUGACCCUUUUCACUUCACAUUAGAAAAUUUGUCGAGGAUCGAAGCAAGGGCUCACACCACAACUAAAUUUCAUCACAUGUUUAUUAUCAACACAUUGCAUCCACUUAUUUUAUGUGAAUUAUCCUACAUAACUAUAAUUAAGUAGCUGUAAAUUAAAUCUUCGCAUUUGUAACACAGCUCCCGCAAACCUCAUGUGCCAACAGUUCUCCUCGGCGUGUUUGCAUGGUGUUGAAUGUGGGAAACAUUUCAGAUAUUUUAGAUCAUACUUUACAGUCUGUGCUGCAGUUAAGGAUUUGCUUAAUCGUCAGCCAACUAAACAUUACAAAAAAUGGCCAAAGAAAAGAAUCACAUAUGAGAAGCUUCACAAAUCAAAAUGAUUAAUUGGCUUUCAAAAUUCUUGGCGAUUAAUUUUGUGUCUAUCAAUGGAUCGAUUAAGUGACUAAUUGUGAUCAUAGUUCACGUAGUUAUUUAUAAACCUAGUCUGUAAUGAACAGCUGUGUUACCUAAUGUACACAGGGAUUAAGGCAUCUGUUGAGCCAAAGAGUUAAUGUUACAGUCAAAUAAAUUUCAAAUCAAUUAUCUCUGUAUCACCUUCAUGCACUGUAGGAUCGCCAGUUGUGUUCUAUCCCACAUUUUACAUGGUGAACAUUUAAAAGAAAAUUUCUGUUGUA